AUGACGCAACUCUACGUGUCUCUAUUCAUCUCAAGCUAUUCAAACGUCGCAUCGCACUUUGACAACCUCCCGUCGAAGAUCGCACCGACGCCGACGAUUGAGAACGCUAUCUCUCUAGUCUCUCGAACCGGACGAGAUCUGCAGCGUUACGAUACCGCUGGGUACCGUCAAGUCGUCGGAUGUGUACCGUAUAGAUACAAGAAACAUGGAUGUGGAGAGAUUGAGGUUUUGCUAAUAAGUGCACAGAAGGAAGGGAAAGGGAUGUUGUUGCCAAAAGGAGGUUGGGAGAUUGACGAAUCAAUGGAAGAAGCUGCUUUGAGAGAGACAAUAGAGGAAGCUGGUGUUACGGGUAAGCUCGAGGAGACGCUUGGGAAAUGGCAGUACAAGAGCAAAAGACACACCAUGAUCCACGACGGUUACAUGUUUCCUCUGCUCGUUGAUCAGGAGUUCGAGCAGUGGCCUGAAUCGGAGUUCAGACAAAGGAGGUGGGUUAGUUUGUCGGAAGGGAUGGAGUUGUGUCAGAAUGGGUGGAUGAGAGAAGCUUUGGAAGCGUUCAUCAAUAGGAAAUGCCAAAGAUAA